AUGCCUUCUCUCAUUCCGCUAGACGAUUCGCUUGGCGCUACUUAUAUCGGAGUGAUCGUGUCUACUGGAAUAUACGGGGUGACCUGCCUACAAGUAUAUUUAUAUUAUACACAACAUUGUAGCAACGAUGGCCGAUUCCUGAAAGCUUUCGUUGCCAUUUUGACGCUCCUCGACACUUUUCACGUCGUGCUUUUAGCGCACUUUAUGUAUAUCUAUACCGUCGCCAAUUUCGGGGACUAUAGGGCCCUCGUCCCUUUGUGCUUCUUGAUUGAGUUUGUGAUAGGGGAUCUGUUGAGUGUCUUGGUUCAGAUCUUCUUUGCGUAUCGGAUAUAUUGCCUAAGCGGGAGACGCACACUAAUACCACCUGCCUCUAUACCUCGGACAUCUAUGUUCGGAACUUUAGAUUUAUUGAGACGACCCAAGGCUGAUGAAGUCAACAUCACGACAGCUGGCGCGCUCGGUGAGGUCUUACGCUCCACGGUCAUUGGUUUCCGUGCUCCAACAUUUUUUUCUGAGCGCUCCGAGAUUCUGCUGUGGACCAUCAUUUCAACUGCAGUAGAAAUUUCUUGUGACGUCCUCAUUACGGGGUUCAUGAUCUUCCACCUUCGCAAGUGCCGUACGCAAUUCGAAAGAACGAAUCGGGCCAUCAAUCUACUAAUUACCUACACUCUGAAUACGUCAGCACUGACUAACCUUGUUAAGUUCUUGACAUUACAUCAGUCCCUCGUCUUCACCGCGUUCUUCUUCAUCUUGGUCCGACUCUAUUUCUGCUCGUUCAUGUCUUCCUUGAAUUCUCGAGACUUCGUUCGACAAGAGCUCAACAGCAAACAAGAUGAAGUGAUUACUCUGUCCAGAUUUGCUGCAGCGGAAGCGGGAGUAUCUUUACAGAGGGAGGACACUGUCGGUAGAUCGGUGGAAAGUCACAAAGGGUUUGAAUGCUCAUCUUCGAAGUUGCAUCAUACUGACGAUAUCGCUACAGAGGAUCAAACCAAUAUGUUUGACCGUCUCCCUAUUGGUCUCCUCGAUGCUCAUUAG